CUCUGCAAGUCCGCCUGCCAGCUCCCCCUGUUUAUAGUCCCUUUGUAUUGACCUAAUCCCAUCUCCACUGCAUCGUUCCUAUUCUCUUCAGGCACCAGAUACUAAACAUCAAUAGCACAUACCUCCAUGGAAAGCAAUAGUACCAGCAGUCGCGCCCUUGCUCUCGGAGCAGUAGCAGCAGCGGGGCUCUAUGCACGGAGCAAGUACGUUGAUGGCUGUAAAGUCAACGUUGUAAGCUCUGGCAAGGACGAGUCGGCGGUGGUUGGCAUGACUGGUGAUGGAGACCGUCUGACCUUGCAUGACGUUCUGUACAAAGACUGCCCCUCGCUCACCGAUCAAUCCGAGGCGUACAUGGUUCCCACCCCGUAUCUCUUCACUGGUCUUCUGCAGAUGUUUUUUGCUGCUGCUAAUGUCAAGCGCCGCGAUACGACUAGUGACAUCCAGUACGAGCGUGAGCUGCUGACUGUGCAAGACGGCGGUACGAUUUCGCUCGACUGGUACCCGGGCAAAGAGCCGCAGGCUGGUGAGGAAAAGAUGCCAGUUGUGAUUAUGCUGUGCGGUGCAGGCGGGUCGUCGCAAGAGUACUUUGUCCGCGCCCUUGCCAAGACACUGGCACACGGCACCAUAAAAUUCCGCGUCGUCGUGUUCAACCACCGUGGUACGUCAAUGACACCACUGACCUCUGCGCGACCCUACGACAUGGGAUUCACUAGUGAUUUCCGCGAGGCCGUCAACGCCUUGCGUGGACGGAUCGAUGCUGAUGCCAAACUGUUCAGCGUUGGCUUCUCGAUGGGUGCCAAUAUCAUGACCAAGUAUAUUGGUGAGGAGAGCGACAGGUGUCCACUUUCAGCUGCAGUCGCAGUCUGCUGCCCGUUCGAUGUGGAGAUCGCCGGUGCUGCAAUGAACGAGAAAAACUUCCUCAACAACAAGGUGUUCCAGCCGCAGGUGCUCAGUGCCCUCAAGCGCUCGAUUAAGCGUAUCAGCCAUCUGCCACCGGAUCCUGCCUGGGGCCUGGAUAUGGACAAGAUUAUGAGCUCCAGGCAGAUCUGGGAGAUCGAGGAGGCAUAUCUGUCCAGCUCUUCAAACUAUGUCGAUGAUAUUCGAAUUCCCCUUGAUGACCGUAUCGCACCUCCCGCUGGAAUCCCAGUAAGCAAGUUCAAGCAGAACCCGUAUCUAUCUCUGGCGCUGGUCCGACAUGGUGGCCACCUGGCAGUUUCCUCACUGGGAACUCUUUCCCCCAGUGUUUGGUUUAUUCGCCCGAUUCAGGAAUUUACAUCGGCCAUGGCAAAGCUAUAAGAUAUCCCUUUUUCUACAGAUCCCUUGCCGCAUUAUCGACUGUCUAAAUCCCUACUGACUAGCUGAGCUCGCAUUGACGAGCGCCAUAACUCCAGUAAAGGUAAAGCGGUAAGGAUAUUAGAUCAGCAUACAGGCACUCAGUGAUUUUAAGACUACUAUUUGUUGUCAGGAUCAUGGCUGUUGGCCCUGGAAUGCCGACAUCAUCCUGCGCCACCAUGGACCAGACUGGGCUCAUGCGAACCGACUCAAACAGACCGACGAGCUGGCCUCUUUUCCCUCAGUUGUUUUUUUCAGAGCCAUUCUGCACACCCCGCCGAUAAGCACUUGUUUUCUCAGUCCAACUACAGCCAUCGAUAGCCACAUCGUUAGGCAGGCUGAUGUUUCCUGAAUACAAUCUGCG